UCUGUCAUGAAUUGGGCAUUUCUUCAGAGCCUCCUAAGUGGGGUGAACAGGUACUCCACUGCCUUUGGCCGCAUCUGGCUAUCCGUUGUUUUCCUCUUCCGAGUGAUGGUGUUUGUGGUGGCAGCUGAGAAAGUGUGGGGAGAUGAACAGAAGGACUUCAAGUGUAACACAGCCCAGCCAGGCUGCCACAACGUCUGCUAUGACCACUUCUUCCCUGUGUCCCAUGUGCGCCUAUGGGCCCUCCAGCUCAUCUUUGUCACCUGCCCAUCACUGCUGGUGGUCAUGCAUGUGGCUUACCGAGAGGAGAGGGAGAGAAAGCACAGGCUCAAAUAUGGCGAAGGAUGCAAGCGUCUCUAUCAGAACACGGGCAAAAAGCGUGGAGGGCUUUGGUGGACCUAUGUCCUCACGCUUGUCUUUAAGAUGGGGGUGGAUGGCACUUUUGUCUACUUGCUUUACCACAUCUAUGAGGGCUACCACUUCCCCUCACUGGUAAAGUGCAGUCAGGCUCCAUGUCCCAAUGUGGUGGACUGCUUCAUCUCACGGCCUACUGAAAAACGCAUUUUCACCAUCUUCAUGGUGGUGACCAGCCUGGCCUGCAUCCUCCUCUCCUUCUGUGAGAUUGUCUAUCUGGUGGGCAAGCGUUGCCGUGAGUGCAUCACCAAGAUACAUCAUUCACGACAGAUGGUCAAGGCAGCUUCACUAGUCAGUGUGAAAAACCCAAAUGCACUGCUGGAAUCCAACACCAUGAAGCUGGUCAAUAAGGACCAGCCUGCACCAUCAUACAGUGUAGCCAUCUCCUGA